AUGGCGUUCGUCAAUGGAAAUCAGUCUCUUCAGCUUAACGAUGAGUCGGACGUGGAGGAAGAGGCUCUUGUCAACGACUACAAAGAACAAGUGAACUUCGACGAUGCGCAAAGCGAUAUCGAACAGGCCAGCUCCAUAGGAGCUGGAGCAACAGACAUCCAAGCACAGCUCGCCGCAGCAGCGACACCCCUAGAAUACCAAGCUACUCUCGAGACCAAGUUUGCCAGUUACGACAAUUAUUGCUCUCUUUUCCACUACAUCCUCAACUCGGAAGGACCCGUCGACUUGGAAGUACCAAAUUACUUCUGGGCUUGGGACGUCAUCGACGAGUUCAUAUACCAGUUUGAGUCCUUUUGCCGUUACCGAAACCGUGUUGCUCGUACUGCCCCCCACGAAGACGAAGCGCAGCUCCUCCGCGAAAAUCCCAACACAUGGGGCUGCUACUCUGUUCUGAACGUUCUCUACUCCCUCAUACAACGAUCUCAGAUAAACGAACAGCUUGCCGCACAAAAAAGAGGAGAAGAUGCUAUGGCAGUCGUGGGCGAUUAUGGGACGAGACCGCUCUACCGAAUGUUGGGCUAUUUCUCGAUCAUCGGUCUUCUCCGAGUGCAUUGUCUCCUAGGAGAUUUCAGCCUGGCCCUGAAAACCCUAGAUGACAUCGAAAUGAACAAGAAGGCCAUGUUUGCGCGCGUCAUGGCAGCUCAUUUCACAACAUACUACUAUGUUGGCUUCAGCUACAUGAUGCUUCGCCGCUACGCCGACGCAAUACGCAUGUUCUCCCACAUCCUUGUCUACGUCAGCAGGACGAAAAAUUUCCAAAAAGGAAGCAAUAACUUCGACGCAAUCGCCAAGAAGAACGAUCAAAUGUACGCACUCAUCGCCAUCUGCGUGAGCUUUGUACCAACAAGAUUAGACGACACGAUCCACACAGCGCUACGGGAGAAAUACGGCGAAGGGCUAAACCGAUUACAAAGGGGCGGCCCCGAAGCCCUUCCCCUAUUCGAAGAACUCUUCCGGAGCGCUUGUCCCAAAUUUAUCUCUCCCACCCCACCAGACUUCGACAACCCAUCUUCCAACAUCGACCCGGUGGACCACCAAACAGCCAUCUUCAUGGACGAAGUCAAAAACACCAUCUACAACCCGACCGUGAAAUCGUAUCUCAAACUCUACUCGACUAUGGAUCUGAAGAAGCUAUCUUCCUUUCUGGAGGUCGAGCCAGAACAGCUGAGGAGCUGGCUGCUGGUGAAUAAACAGCGGAGUAGGCAGACGAGGUGGAGCGAAGGCGGGCUGCUGGAGGGGGAGGUUGUCAAUGCAAGUGAAUUAGAUUAUGCGGUGGAAGGAGAAUUGAUCCAUGUCAGUGAGGCGAAGCAGGGGAGGCGGCUCGUGGAUUGGUAUUUGAGGAACUUAGCGAGGGCGUAUUAG